AUGAGCGAAGCCUUGCAAGUCCAACUAGUAGAAAUCAAUCCAUUGAACCAGAGCCUGUUUGUGUUUACCGUGCUCGCGUCGAUAUUGACGGGGAGCAGUUUGCAAUGGGUAGUCCAGCAGGAACAAACGCGCGGUAAACGCGUCAGUCAAUACAACCUGAUUGUGGUAGUGGCAUCCGUGACGAGUCUCAUUCAAACAGUGACUUGUUUUGUCAACGUUCUGAUGGCUCCCAAUCACGACUUUUGGUUCAUGGCAUAUAUUGUGUUCAACUGGAUCUUCAUGACUCAUUCCAGUGUGUUGUUGGUGAGCAAAAAGCUCUCCUGUACGUUUCAGCGACCAGCUUUAGCUUGGCGCCGACUCUUGUGGAUCAACUACAUCAUGUUGCCAUUCUCGCUCUUUAUUUGUGUCUAUUGGACCGUGGCAAAUUCUUCCUAUGGCCAAGAAGAAGAAGGAGGAUACAAUUGGACGCAACGCGCCGCCGCCAUCUGUGAACCUCUCCAAAUUGCUCUUUGGGGACUGAUUGAGUUUUGUCUCAGCGGAGCCUUUAUUGUCAAAAUGUGGAAGUUUCGGUGGACUGCCGUCGAACGACAAGGCAUCGCCGUCUUGGUCUUGGUGGGAUUCUGUGACAUUGCCACGGUACUCUUCAAUCUCAUUAUAGGGGAUUUGCCUUCCACCUGCAUCAAGGGAUUUGUGUAUUGUCUUCGGAUACGAUUGGAGAUUUCCGUAUUGAGUUCCAUGGCGGAUGCUGUGAGAAGAAAGCAUCAUCUGGCAAGGUCCGGUGUUGACAACCAGCGUGUACAUCACCCGCAACAAGGCCAGGAUGACGAUGAAGAAGAGGAAGGAUUAGAAGGAGACGACCAAGACGUUGAGAGCGCUUCCAAUGUAGAUCUUGGUGACGGUAGUACCUCGAGCACUACCCAACACACGUUGACCAAACUGAGCCAGUCAUCACUACUUUCCAAUGCCAACCACAGUACUACUUCAAGUCGCAGACACGCUCCCUCAAAGAAGCGACGGAAACGAAGAAAGAAGGAAUCUUCUUUUGGAGGACUCGUUUCCUCCAUUACAUUGGAAGAGAUUGAUGAGAACUCCGAGGUGGACUUUUCCAGUCCUCAUCACUCUGCCUCGGAAGAAGGGAUUUCAUCCGACCGACCACCUUUGGUUCCUAGACGUUCCUUCUCGGAUGACUCCGACAAGUCUUUUUCUGAUGAUGAUGAUGAAGCAGAAGACGAACUGGCAGACAACUUGCCACCAAGUUCCUCAUCCCAACAGGAAGACGGAGAUGAGAAUUGGCACAUCAGCCUACAAACCCUAUUGAGUGACUUGUCGUCGUGGUCUCGCAACGAAGACGAGGACUUGGAGCAGCGGGCGCCAGAGGACGAAGAAAUGGCAUUGUCCCUUACAUCGUCGCUGAAUCAUCAUCGUCGAAGGCUGAGUCAUCAUGAGCACAGCCGGAUGCACUCCAGCCCAGGGCAGAUCACAUCAACCAAGAACGUGGAACGCAUGAUGAAUCACAAGGUUGCAUCUGCACAACAAAUACAACACAAGCCAUGUCUCUUAGACUUGGAAACCUCUAGUCCAGAAGGUUUGGAGUCACUUGUGGAUGCUGCUGCUGCUGCUGCCAUUGGUGAGGGUUCUGCGGACAACAACAAAAGGACAGCAGGCACAACCAUGAACACAGCAACACCAGAUCUUGAACCCCAACUUGGCACAUACAAAGGCAGAGGCAGAGACUCUCUUCUUCGAUCCUCCUGCGGCUCUGACUCAUUACCCCAAAGGCCUCUCAGGAUUAGUUCUGAGGUUACAUUAGGCACGGAUGACAGUGACGAUAAUGACAGUGACAAAAUACAGAACAACAAAGCCAACGGCAGUUCAACGGAGACCACACCAGCGAAAACGCACAGGCAUUCAAAAGUCAUGCUGGACCAACUAGAAGAGGACGGCAAUGGUUCUCUUUGCACAUGCUCUGCCUCCACGACUUCCUCCGAAUCACCACCAUCCAUUCCAGAAUGUUUUGAAUCACCUGUGGAAGCUGCUGCUAACUCUGAGGGGCAAGGUGAUCAUUUUGUUGUAAAGAGAUCUGCAGCUAGCGCAGUCGCAACCACACACACAACAACUCUGGAUCUAGAAGAACAAACUGUCAACUGCAAAAAUGUCGACACUCAUCUUCCAUCCUCCUGUAGCUCGGACGCGGGCCCCCAUAGGCCUUUCAGGUUGAGCCCUGACAUAGAAUUUGGCAUGAAUGACAAUGACGACAAUGACAGAACCCAGAACUGUCCUCAAAGGAAUCGUGCCCGGCGGGCAUCCAUCGACUCAGAACCGCGCUAUCCUUUGCGAUGGAACUCCAGUGAUGUCCUCGAUGACGACAGCGACUACAGCGACUGCGAACAGCCUUUUCCUGACUCGGUUGUAAUUGAACCACCUCGGGUAUAA